GACGGGCGAGCGUUCAGCCGGAGCCGGGGCCUUGGAGUCGGCACAAAUCCGGAAAUCUUGUUCUUCUUGUACCAUCGCAGGCGGUUAUCGCUCCAAAUCUCGCUCAGCCGGCGCUCUGCUUACUUGUUUUAGUCAUGCUUAAGGCGGACAGCCCGAGCGAGGGAUCACCGACCGGGUUAGGCCCGGUGGCGCAGGUCGACGAAUGUGAUAUUGUGAACGGAUCUUCUGGAGUGCGAUUCACAACAACAAAGGGCGUCCGUCCAAGUGGAGAAGCCUACGUUGAACUAGAGACAGCUGAAGACUUCAAAAAAGCUUUAGCGAAAGACCGGAAGUAUUUGGGACAUCGUUACAUAGAGGUUUUCAAGUCAAACAGCAGUGAGAUGGAUUGGGUACUAAAACACAGCGGUCCAAACCACCCAGAGCCCGUUGAGGACGGGACAGUGCGACUCCGUGGACUUCCAUUUGGUUGCAGCAAGGAAGAAAUUGUUCAGUUUUUCUCAGGGUUGGAAAUCGUGCCAAAUGGGAUAACUUUGCCGAUGGACUACCAGGGGAGAAGCACAGGGGAGGCCUUCGUGCAGUUUGCUUCAAAGGAGAUAGCAGAAAAAGCACUGGGGAAACACAAGGAAAGAAUAGGGCACAGAUACAUUGAGAUCUUCAAAAGCAGCAGGAGUGAGGUCAGAGCAUACUAUGAUCCACCGAAAAGGCUGAUGGGGCAACGACCAGGUCCAUAUGAUCGGCCAACGGGGCGGAGUGGUUACCUUGGCGGACUUCCCAGGGGUAGUGUUUAUGACCGGAUGCGCCGUGGAGGAGGUGGAUACGGUGGUGGUUAUGGUGGAUAUGAUGACUACAAUGGAUACAAUGACAAUUAUGGCUAUGGCAAUGAUGGAUAUGAUGGAGCAGGCAUGAGAGGUAUGGGCAACCAUGGGUAUGGGGGAGCCGGAGAUGCAAGUUCUGGCUUCCUCAGUGGUCACUUUGUCCACAUGCGUGGCCUCCCUUUCCGGGCAUCUGAAGAUGACAUUGCACAUUUUUUCUCACCGCUCAAUCCGCUGAGAAUACACCUUGAAUACGGAGCUGAUGGCCGUGCAACCGGGGAGGCAGAUGUAGAGUUUGCAACCCAUGAAGAUGCAGUGGCUGCCAUGGCUAAAGACAAAGCUCACAUGCAACAUCGAUACAUUGAGUUGUUCUUGAAUUCAACUGCUGGAGGUUCAGGCAUGGGCAGCUAUGGACACGCUGGCCAAGGAGGGUAUGGCUCCAGUGGCCAGGGUAGCUAUGGUGGCUACGGCGGCCAAGGUGGUAUGGGGGGAUAUGGUCGCUACGGAGGGAGCAGUGGCAGUGGAGGUGGCGGCUACUUCAGUGGUUCUAGUCACGGAGGAAUGGGGAUGGGCAGCAUGGGGGGAGGGGUGGGCAGCAGUGGGUGGCGAGGCAGUGGAGGGUGGUACCAGUAAGCCGAUUCUGCAAUCUUUUUAUGUGCAGUACAGUUGUGAAGCAAACACUGACCCCGUUGGUAAUUUUGGAGGCGUUUUCAAAAUGUGUUUUAUAUUCUCAAGAACUUGGUAGUUCAAAGUCAGCAAUAUUCUGGUUCUAUUUCUAUAACUGGUUCCGCAGUACUAAGAUUUUACGAUAGUUACGAUUUGUGCCACUUGUGAUAAUGUUCAUUCUAGAUUUGGCUUUUUUUUAAGUGUUUUAAUAUCUGGAUAUUUUGUUCCUGUGCUUUUAUUUUUCAAAUGUUUUUUUUCUUUCCCCCCCCCCCCCCCCUAUCCCAUCCCCUUAAUGACUGACUAAAAUAAACCCUUUCUGGAAAACAAGCUGUUGGAGUGGUUGGACUUUUGUCAGUUCUGCAACAUUUAGUCAACCAACUGUUUUUAGGAAAUUUACUGGUGAGGUCUGAGUUAAGGCCUCGUCCAGAUACACGCUGCCACUCAAAUACAUGGAGAUGCUGAUCAGUAGGGCUACUUAAUGGCACCUCUGCUUAGUAUAUUAUGUUUGGGGGGUUAUUUAAGAAAAGCAGAUUCUCAAAUUGACAUAUCAAAAGGUGUAGAAAUAGUUACAGCUACUAUAACCGCAGGGCCAACUUUUGAUUUUUAUAGCUUGUUGUAACAGAUGGAGAUUCCGUUGCUCGACUUGUUGAUGUCUGAUAAAGGUGUAUAUUUUUCAUUCACCCCUCCAUGCUGUGAUUUCCUCGUUUGUGCAGCAUGUGCGACCUCUGUCAUGCUUCUGUAUUCGAUGAACAGUUAAUUCUGACAAUAUAGGCAAUUAUCUGAUGCAGAUUUAUUUUAAAUAAAAGUUUGUUUCACUUCCA